UAAUCAUAGGGUUAGGUUUAAAAGUAAUUUCCAGUUAUAGAAUUUUGGGUUAAUAGACAGUAAUGCUGACCCAUAUUCUGAACAGGAUAACACACUUCUCGCCGUAAAAAUCGCUCAAACGAAACAGCUUCAUGUGGCUUUACACCCACUCACAUGAAUCUAUCUGAAACCUGUGGGGAGUAUUGUGUGUCAGGUGUGGAUCAGUUUCCCGCAGAGCUACUUGACACCCAUGGAAGGCAGCUUUCUGUCCCAAGUCAGUCAGGUGACCAGGCGGUUGGAUACUGUCGCGCGCCGAGACCCCCGUCCUCCUCCACUGUGGAAACAGAGGAGUAGAAAUGACGUUCAUCGCCAAGACUUUCUACGACUUGAAGGCCACCACGCUGGAAGGCGACUCGGUGGACUUCAACGUGUUCAGGGGACGGGUGGUCCUCAUAGAGAACGUGGCCUCGCUCUGAGGCACCACCACCCGGGACUUCGGCGAGCUCAACCAGCUUCAGAGCAAGUACCCCCAUCGGCUGGUGGUCCUGGGUUUCCCCUGUAACCAGUUUGGAUAUCAGGAGAACUGCUCCAACGGCGAGAUCCUGAGCUCACUGCAGCAUGUGCGUCCUGGCGGUGGCUUUCGGCCCAACUUCACCAUCUUUGAGAAGUGUGACGUCAACGGAACAAACACACAUCCGGUCUUUGCCUAUCUGAAAGACAAGCUCCCCUACCCCGAUGACGACGCCAACUCCCUCAUGCAGGACCCCAAAUUUCUGGUUUGGAGUCCCAUCAGCAGGACGGACGUGUCGUGGAGCUUUGAGAAAUUCCUCGCCGGGCCCGAAGGAGAGCCCUUUAAAAGAUACAGCAAAAAGUUCCCCACCAUUGACAUCGAGCCUGACAUCGUACGGUUGUUAAGAUUAACCAAGACCUAAGUAUAGCCCCCACCUUGUAAUGACUUCUCAUUUAUCUAAGUCAAUGCCGUUUUGUUGUCCUCCACACUUUUAAGUCUUAAUUAAUGAGGGUAAUAUUCUGAAAAGCUCAGGGAAUAUUGUCUGAGGCCUUGUAAGUGCUUAAAAGUUGUGGAUGAAUGCAUUCUAUAUGCCUACUUUUUUUUUAAAUGUUGUGGAUACGUAUUGUUAUGGAAAGAGAACAGGAAUUGUACAGUAUAUUUCCAGAAAUGUGGGGAAACAUAAUCACUUGAGGAGCAGAGUAUUUCCUUUUGCAUGUGCUUUUGUUUCUUGUCCUAUGUUGGCCUGACCAGCAGAUGGUGCAACUGAUGUGAUCAUACAAAUGGACAGCCUCUGUCUUGCCUCUGUGCAUUAACAUUCACCACACAUACACCCUCAUGAAAUGUUUGCGCUGGAAUAAAACGUUGAA